UGUUUUUGGCUAACUGAAAUAAGCUAAAUACAGCUCUCUCUCUCUCUCUCUCUCCAUAGCCUGGUAACCCACCAUUGAAGCAGUUGAAGUUUGGCAGCUCAAUCACAAUGAACAAAAGAUUGAUCAAAAAGCUUCACAUAGAUUCCAAAACUAUCUAAACACAACCAAGCAAUGGCAUAUAUCUCACCUUCAAAGCAAUGAAAGACUGCUUUUGAAGAAAGUUCCAAUCCAACCCAUGGGAAGGAGAGGAGGGGCCAACCUUCCUUCCUUUCUUUCUUUUCUUUUCUUUUGAGUAAUCCCCAAGCCUUACAAUCUCUUUAUUCUCCAUAUUCAACAAGCCUUAUCCAACAAAGACACUAGCUAUUUCCAUGGCCAAAAAGCAUUAUGGGUUUGUGCUAAUCUUGUCUAUCAUCAUAGCCCUUGGUGUUGUCUCCUUUGCCUUUUGCAUUGCCUCUGAGUUCAAAAGAACUAAGAGGAAGGAUCUGAAGUUAGAUGGGAAGUUGUGUUUUUUGCCGGGAAGUCAUGCAUUUGAAUAUGGAAUUGCAGCUUUGAUCUGCCUGUUUGUUGCUCAGAUCACCGGAAACUUGAUUAUCUGCUGGAAUUUUUGUUCAGGGGAGAAGACAACUGGCUGCAAGGCUAAAAGCCCAACCAAGGCUUUCACUUUUCUGUUACUUUCAUGGUUUAGCUUUGGAAUUGCAAUUGCAUUAAUCAGUGCAGCCACAAGUAUGAACACAAGGCAGCCCUACGGGGAAGGAUGGUUAGACGGCGAGUGCUACAUAGUCAAAGAUGGAGUGUACAUUGGCUCUGCAAUUCUAGUUUUUGUUUCCAUAGGUUUGAUUAUUGUUUCAGACAUUAUGACAAUUAGAAAGAGCCAAGUUGAGGAAGAAUACAAGGUUCAUUCACAAUUUGGAUGAAGAAAAUUGACUAGGAAGUACAUGACAGAAUUAUCAUAGAAACAGAGAAAGAAACAGGGGCCUAAUAUCUUCAAGCCAAAGAUGGGGAUUGGAUGAGGGCAAGGCAGUACCUCCACCACACAUAACUGCACCCAUUGAGGACGUGUUGAAUCUUUUUUAGAAAAUUGUACAGAAUGUAGUGCUGACAUUACUAUAUUCAUUGUGAGCAUCAUUCAAGUUGGGUUUAGCAAUUGUUCCCAGCAUCUUUUUCAAAAAGAUUGAAUUAGUGAGGGGCUAGCCGGGAAGGCUCGAUCAGGAUCUGUUUUAGUUUUAUUUUUUUAAGUCUUUUUUUAAUUAUUUAUGGGAUAAAGUUUUUAAAAGAAGUUAUGCAUUUGGAAAAUGGAAAAACUUUUUUUUU